AUGACUGUUGAGAUCAUUGUUUCCUACAGUAUUUUGUUUGGUUUGUUUUUCUAUUUACAGAUUUUUGUUGCCACAGCACUGAUGAUCUUCUUUGGAACAACCAAAUGCGGCCCAGACAAUACUCUUCUGAGACUACAAGAGUUUUGCCACAUUCUCUUGCAAAGUAAGCCGGACAUCAUUCAGUGCUCCGAGAAACCCAGCAGUUACAACAUGAAAGGCAGCAAGGCAGCGUUGUCCUACAUGUGUUGCCUUGGCUACUUCAAAGAUGUCACUAACAUCUACAAGCAAUAUCUCAGCAGCGAUUUCGACCAGUACUUAGCAAGUAUGACCUCGGACAAACAAAUGGCCAGCAUUGGCAAUUUCGUGAUUAUGUGUAAGAAUGAGACUAAAACGUUGAACACCACUGACUUUUCCUAUUGGUGUUCAAAUGGAAAGACAUCAGAUGUGUGCUUUGCACGUUGA